ACAUACACCUGUUCCGCGGUUCCCAGAUCGUCUACAUAUUUGACAAAACUCUCGUAUCCCUGCAGAUGAAGACGCCGUACCAUCUUUGACAAAUCGCGCUCACUGAUCGGGCUCGCCAGAAAGAUGGGUGACAAGUGAAAAGAAUUCGACAUAGGAUAUACUUCUUCGAAACAAAGAGAGAGAGAACACAAAGCUGAUCCAAACAAAAGAUUACGAAAAAUAGCAUGCGACAGAUUCAAAAUUGCCGCGUAAAAUCACAGCGUGGGAGACGUGACGUGAUUGGUGAAUCACGCUUCCCCCAUCUCGUCGGCGUGGCUGCGACAAGACCGUUCUGGCGAAUCCGGCAUUGCAUUCCGCGAACGAGAGUGAAGAGUGAACGAGAGUACUUGGCUUGACGUAACGAGAGUACGCUCGUGCUAAACUGUUCCACUGAUUUGUACGAAUCAAUUGACGAGCACGUUCGACGCGCAAGAUUGACACUCUUUUCGCGGCCAGCAACGUCAACACAUUAAUCCAGCUAGCACGAUGUCAGCGAUCUUCGACUUCGAGCUGCAGGACGCUGGGCUGCUGCAAAGAGACGAGUCGGAUGACGACGAUGUCAUCGAGUUCGGCGCGGAGGAGGGCGAUGCCGAUCCGAGCGGGAUUGCAAAUUCGUCCGACAAUUCCGACGUCGGAAGCGUGGAAGCGGUGCCGAUAUGCGAGCAAAAUGUCAACCGCGAACGCGAGAAGGUCGGGCCGCAAGAUUUUGAGUUGUGCAAAGUUAUCGGGAAAGGCGGUUACGGCAAGGUCUUCCAAGUACGCAAAGUAACAGGAAAUGACAGUGGCACGAUCUUUGCAAUGAAGGUAUUGCGCAAAGCUUCAAUUAUAAGAAAUCAGAAAGAUACAGAUCACACUAAAACCGAAAGAAAUAUUUUGGAGUCUAUAAAGCAUCCUUUUAUCGUAGAUCUUAAGUACGCAUUCCAAACUGGUGACAAAUUAUAUCUGAUAUUGGAAUAUAUGUGUGGCGGUGAACUAUUUCGGCAAUUAGAUGAUGAAGGAGUUUUUUUGGAAGACGCUGCACGCUUUUAUUUAUGUGAAAUUACAUUGGCUUUGCAACAUCUCCACUUGCAAGGAAUUAUAUACAGAGAUUUAAAACCGGAAAAUGUUUUAUUGGAUUCAGAAGGACAUAUUAAGUUAACUGAUUUUGGAUUGUGUAAGGAGCAUAUACAGGAAGGUGCUCUAACUCACACAUUCUGUGGUACUAUUGAGUACAUGGCACCUGAAAUCUUAACAAGAAAUGGACAUGGAAAAGCAGUGGAUUGGUGGAGUUUGGGAACUUUAAUGUAUGACAUGCUUACAGGACUUCCACCAUUUACCUCGGAUAACAGAAAGAAAACGAUUGACAAAAUUCUACGUGGUAAAUUGAUUCUUCCACCAUAUCUAACGCCCGAUGCCAAAGACCUUCUUCGGAAAUUAUUAAAAAGACCAGUUGCGCAAAGAUUGGGGUCUGGCUCAUUGGAUGGCGAACAAAUAAAAGCACACAAGUUUUUCAAACAUAUCAGUUGGGAUGAUGUUAUAUCUCGAAAAUUAGAACCUCCUUUUAAACCAAUAUUGGCUAGUGAAGACGACGUCUCGCAAUUUGAUAAAAAAUUUACCGCUUCAGCACCAAUAGAUUCGCCAGUAGAAUGCACUUUAAGCGAAUCGGCUAAUAGAGUAUUCCAGGGAUUUACAUAUGUAGCACCGAGCAUAUUGGAGGAUGUGUAUUCGCAACAAUCACGGUACCUAACUACUGUGUCGCAGCCACGAGUUAUAAAAGCCAGAAGUCCUCGUAAAGCAUCUUCGCGCGGUUUUUCGCCUCGGACAACGCAUUUCCAUCUUCACACUACGCAUUUGCCGAAUCACAGGCAUGGUGGAGUCGGCCACAGCAAUAUGGAAGAUACAGAGAUGAUUGAGAUAGGCUAACCAUUGCUAUCAGACUAGUAGAUAGCAUUUUUGUCCAACUGCUGGAUAUUCAUAAUGCUCAGGGAGGGGUUUUAUAAUUUAGAGAGAAUAGUUAGGGAAUGGAUUCAAUAUCCAUUAUUACUUUACUUGGAUAUCCAGCAGUUACACAUUUAGCUAAUAUAUUUUUUUUUUAUAUUUGUAUAUUUUGUUUGAAUAAAAAAAGUUAAUACUAUAUAAUUUAACAGCGACGCAGCAGUUAUCUGGUAGCGCUCUGAGUAGUUGCAAUUUUAUUGAAUAAGUUUGAAAAUAACCUGCAAGGAAGCAUAUUAUGUUACAUAAUUACAUAACACAAAUUAUGUCCCCCACUUUUUUUUACAUAAGAAAUUUAGUAAAAAAUGUCUUGCAUUGGAUUAUUCAUGCAUGAAUUUUUAUAAGUAUUACUAUUGAUGCAGCAAUCGUGUUAUUAUCAUAUAAUAUCGUAAUUUGUACUGUGGUUUAACUAAGAUAAGCUUUUAAAAACUUGGGAAUAUUCAAGCAUAAUAUGCUUGAAACGUAAGAAGCUGUAUAAUUAUUAGAUGCUAAAGACUUAAUCUUGAUAAUAUUUUUACAUCUGAAGAUUUAUAUAUAACAGUAUAUAUAUGUCUCUCUAUAAUAUAAACUUAUUUUAUAUAUUUACAACUACGCUCCCAAUUACAAUUUAACGAUUAACGUUAAUUACUCUUGACAAGAAAACUUGAAAGAUGCUACCACAACCGCUCCGCCGCUCCAGGUUCGUUCCAUAUAUACUAUUGUCUGUUAGGAGAAAAUAUUUCUCUAAUAUCAUCUGUGGAAAAUAUUUUCAGCAGUAAUAACGUUUCCAUGGCAAUAAAAAAUAGUUCGCCUAAAUAAUAAUAAUAUAAAGAGAUGAAAUAUAUAAGAGGUAUAAUGGAAUUGCAUUUACACAAUGAAAAAGUUCCUAUUGCAAAUUUAAUUACAACAUACUUUAUAUUCUCUAGAAAAAACAUUCUGUUAAAUAGUCAUAUACUGUAAUUAUCAAUAUUUUGGAAUGAGAAGAACGUUGUCAUUCUCUAUAACUUUUUUAUAAAGAAAUUAUUAAUAAUUAAAAUAUUAAAAUUAUUUAAAAAAAUU